CGAAGCGCCAUUACAAACACUAGAGCAAACGACAAGCAUCAGAUGGAGCUUUAUAAAUUGUAUAUUGGGCUUUUUCUUGUGACGUGUGCACUUCAUGUGAUUACAAGUCAAAGAUGCCCAAAAGAGUGGAAGGAAUUUGGAAGUUCGUGCUACCGCUUUGUCGUACCUACUCUACAAAUUCGCCAAAAAAGUUGGGAAGACGCCAGAGCAAACUGUUUGGGCUACGGUGCAGAUUUAGUGUCAAUUCGCAACUCUACGGAAAUGGAUUUUAUAUACAAUACAACCAGCCAAUUGGGAAAUUUGAAAUUCUGGAUUGGUUUCUUCCGCAAUAAAACAACAAACUUUCCCAAAGAAGGUUGGGUAUGGAGUGAUGGGAGCAGUUCAAACAACACAAUACCAUGGUCACGUGGGGAACCAAAUAAUUACAAAAACAAUGAAAAUUGUGCUGAAUUUUUUGCACGAAGUAAAGAUUGGAGUGAUAAUGAUUGCGCCAAAUCGUUUGCUUACAUUUGUAAAAGAAGAAAAGGUCUCCCAGAUCCAACCACUCCAAAUGUUUCAGCCAUUACUCCUACAAAAGCUCCUCCUCCUUUGUGUGAUUUUGGUUGGAUGCCAUACAAUCGAUCAUGUUACAGAUUUUUUGAAAUUCCAAGAUCAUGGAAUGCCGCAAAAACUGCUUGUCGAGAUACCGGAGGACAUCUUUUGAGAAUUAAUGAUGAUAGUGAGCAACAUUUCUUGGCUUAUAUUGCGCGUCCGAAGACUGAGAAUUUCUGGAUCGGCUUGAAUAACCUUAGUAAAGCUGGACAGUGGAUGUGGGAGUUUGGCAAUAACGAUACAUUGACAUACACAAAUUGGCAAAGUGGUGAACCAAAUGGUUUUGGAAUACAACAAUGUGUUGAGAUGUAUAGUUCUACUCAAGCUGGUUUUUGGAAUGAUGCAGGUUGUCAAGAAAGGAAAUUUUAUAUCUGUGAAAAAGAAGAAGGUCACAAUGUAUGCCCAGACGGUUGGAUUGCUUAUGGUAACAAUUGCUAUCAGUUUAACAUGCUACCAUCACAGAAAAUUACCUGGUCUGCUGCUGAAGCGGCGUGUAAAGCUUUUGGUAAUUUUGCUGCUCUAGUUACAAUAAGGAGUCAAAAUGAACAGGAUUUUAUAAAGAGAAUGAUGCAACGGUACAAUGGUUUAAAUGCUUGGAUUGGUCUCAAUGACAUAGCACAUGAAAAUGUUUUUGAAUGGACUGGCGAUAAGUCGAUUUUGGAUGGAAAUGAUUUCAAGAUUUGGGCGAAUAGAAAACCAAUUGAAAACAGAAAAGAAUGGGAUUGUGUGACAUUGUUGGGGCUAAGAAUAGAUACUGCAUGGACGGUUCAAAACUGCUCACAACUUCAAAACUAUAUUUGUAUGAGACAUAGAGAUCUACCAUAUUGUAAUGCUCCCUUGGGAAUGGAGAAUGGAAGAAUCUUGGAUCGCCAAAUUACAGCCAGUAGUUUCCAGGCUUCGCAUGAACCAACACAGGCUAGAUUGAAACACAGUGGUUCAUGGUGUCCUAGUAUUAAAAAUCAGGAACAAUAUCUCCAAGUUGAACUCCCUUAUUUGGCUGAUGUAAGAAAGAUAGUUACCGAAGGAAAUAUCACUUCUUACAUACUCAAAGCUAGCAGAGAUGGAAGGGGAUAUAAAACAUACAAGACUUCAACUGGGAAAAAAGAACUGACACCGACCAAAUUAGAUAGCUUUGAUUACCUUGACACAAAAUCCUUGGUGGCAAAGUUCAUACGAAUAUUUCCUAAACGCUGGAAUAUAAAUAAAUCUCCAUGUUUAAGAGUGGAUUUUUCUGGUUGUCCUGCACAAGUAUUCAGCAAGUGUGGGGAGAAAAACUGGAUCAGUGGACCAGGCGAUCUUUGUUUACAAAUCAACAAGAACUAUGCAACAUGGACUGAGGCUCGGUCAUCCUGUAUAGAAAAAGGAGGAGAUUUACUGACAGUCUCCACGUAUGACGACAUGAGCACGAUAAAGACAUUGUUACAGAAAAACUCUGCAUAUAAUGAUUACUGGAUCUCACUGAAUGAUCGGGAUUAUAAUAACGUUUAUUAUUGGACUAAUUCUGAGAAUGCUGCUUACUUCAAUUGGGGUUCUGGAUCUCCUAACCUCUGGUCUAAAGUGAAAAAGUGUACUUAUCUGGAAGCAUGGACAAACUAUUUCAAGGACGAGGAUUGCUCACUUCGUUUUCAAUUUAUCUGCAUGAAGAGAGGGCAACGUUUGAGAACAAACAUCAUCCAGUCCGGUCCAACUGGUGUAUGGGUGAGCAGUACCAAGUAUUACUGGCCAUUAUCUGAUGAUGAGGUUGUACUUGGUACAAGAUCUGGUAAAUUAAAUGGAAAAAUUACGCUUGCAACUGGCGUCAAAGGAAAACCAAACUCUGCCCUUCAGUUCUCUGGUGAAGGAUCUUUUAUUGAUGUAGGAAAGUUUGAUAAGGAAUGUUUUGGAAAUCCUGAUUACUGUUUAGCUCUUACUUUAUCUUUCAUGGCUUGGUUUGACGACAAUUCAAUUUCAUCAACAAGACGUUUGAAUAUUUUGGACUCCAUCGAAGGAAACGAAAUGACAAACAAUGGUCUCGGCGUUUACCUUCAAAACAAUGAAAUGUAUUUUGUGAUCUCUAAAACAUCAAACUAUUUUAAGAGUUCCAUAUCCAUUGUGGCAAACGAAUGGCGACAUUAUGUUAUGAUAUUUAACGAAUCAUCUGGAAUGAGUAUUUUUGUGAAUGGUCAAAUUGUUCCUUCGAAAAGCAUUUCUAGAUCCACAAGAACUGGGAAAACUGAUAAGUCAACAAGAAGUUUCAAGAUAGGACUCUACUAUCACUCUCCUGUCAAAAACAGUAAAAUUAAGCUAUCGAUGGUUGCCUUUUGGGAGAAAAUGUUAUCUGCAAAGGAUAUUUCAUCUAUUUAUAACGCAGAGUUUGGUGUUUGUCUCAAGAAUUGGAUCGAAUAUGGAAUGUCUUGCUAUCAAUUAAAUAAAGAUUCAAGAUCGUAUUAUUGGGCUCAAAGAAGAUGUCAGAGCUCAGGUGGAGACCUCGUCAAUAUUGGCAGCAAUGUCGAGCAAGCGUUUAUAACUGCAUGGCAUUUAAAGUACAAAGUGGUUCGAUCUUGGAUAGGAGUUCACGAUAAAAAAAAAGAAGGGUCUUACGUUGACACUGAUGAUAAUUCAGUUGUAUAUUCAAACUGGGCGCCAAAGCAACCAGAUGAUUGGGGGAACAACGAAGAUUGCAUUCACAUUUUACGUAAUGGCAUGUGGAAUGAUUUGCCGUGCUAUCGUUACAACGCGUUUAUUUGCGAGAAAAGUAAAAGUGUACCAGUGCAUUAUUCGAAUGUGACCCAAACGAACACCACGUUACUAAAUUUAGUUUCAACAAUAACCAAAUUCGAAACAUUUUGUCAUUACACGCGCUCUACAAUUGGCUGUCCUAAUGACUUGGUCAUCAAUAUAACAUCAGCAUUCUGGGGAAGGCGUGAUAAAAAAUUAUGUGUGUACAUCAUUGUUUUACCAUGUGGAGAGAAAGACAUUCCAAUUAUCACUAAAAACUUAAAGAAGAAAUGUGAUGCUUAUGGAAGUUGUGCUAUCCAUGCUUCUGAAUCUGAGUCCUAUCUAACCGAUCCUUGUCCUACAAUCCAUAAAUACUUGCAAGUGAAUUAUACAUGCGUGAAAGGUCAUUCAAGAAAAUAUCCUUUAUCUGGUUGGAAAAAUUUUGAACAUGACAAAAAUCUUUACUAUCGUUUAAUUGACACUCCACGAACAUGGCAUAAUGCUAGGAAGUUAUGUAGAGAGUAUGGUGCUGAACUUCUUUCAAUCAAAAAUCAAUUCGAGCAGUCUGCUGUGACAAGUCUCAUGGAGAGAACAUGGUAUGAAAAAGUUUGGAUUGGUUUGAAUGAUAUUACUGGUCGGGGUGUUUAUGGAUGGUCAGACGGUUCUGAAGUUUCUUGGACCAAUUGGUAUGUUGGUCAACCUGAUGAAAGGCUCCUUCGAAGUAGUUGUGUAUCAAUGAGUCUACAUCGUGGAAAGCGAGGCUGGAUGUUUUGGAGUGAUGAAAAUUGUACAAAAGAAUAUCCAUUUGUAUGUAAAAAGAGUUUUAAACCAGUGAUAAAGCCGACGCCUACAAAAAAACCGAGUUAUCCAGGAAAGUGUUAUCCACAUAUUGGUUGGUUCACUAAUGACAGAUUACGAUACUGCUAUUUUUAUAAAUCAGGACUUAGGAAAAAUUGGUUUGAUGCUAAUCUUUACUGCAAAAAUUCACUAUCUUCGACGCUUGUAAGUGUGUAUAGCGCAGAAGAAAACGCUUUUGUCAUGAAAUUAUCCAAUGAUUCCAUGUGGAUUGGUUUAGAUUCGAAGGGUGUGUACCGAGGCUAUAUUUGGGCGAAGGGAGGACCGGUGAAAUAUACAAACUGGGAAAUUGGUCAACCUGACACUUACAACGGUCUUGAAGCAUGCGUUGAAAUUAAUCCUGACACUGGAACUUGGUCUGAUAGGGAUUGUCGUGAAACUAAAAACUUUGUUUGUAUGAAAGAAAAAAGAAAAAUCACACCAACAGCAUCACAAAACGUUUAUCCGACACCAGGUUCAACACUUUGUCGUCAAGGCUGGACUCUGUUCAAUGGAAUGUGUUAUAUUGUUGGUAAUCAAACGUCGAGUGAAUAUAUCUCGUGGUUUGAAGCUGAAGAACGAUGCAAAAAACUGGGAAAUGGAGGGCAUCUGGUUAGCAUUCAUAAUAAAGAUGAAGGGAAUUUUUUGAAAUUCUUGAGGAAAAACAGUAGAGCUACCAACUUCUGGAUUGGCUUGAAUGAUGUCGGUACUGAGGCUCAUUACCAGUGGACAGAUGGCUCAAAUUAUGAUUAUGUAAACUGGAACUCAAGAGAACCGAAUGACUUCCACCGACAAGAAAACUGCAUUCACACAUUCAUCUAUAAUGCAGCAUGGAAUGAUAAUCAUUGUCAAAGAAAAUUUUCUUACAUAUGCAAAGCCUACAACGAAUCUUACAAACCUCCUAUACAGCCAACUGAAGUCCCAAGGCCGGGUAAAGAUGAGUAUUGUCCUGAUGGUUGGGUGGCUCAUGCGCAGUAUUGUUAUGAAUUUCAUACUGAUCCACGUGAAUACAGAACAUGGGAUGAGGCCAGAGAUGCUUGUGAACUUGGUCACAAUUCAAGUGCUUAUGGAGAGUUAGUCAGUAUUCAUGACGAAUUUGAAGAGGCGUUUAUAACGACCAGAUUGAAAGGAGCAAAGCAAUGGCUAUGGAUUGGAUUAACCAAUAAAUUUUCUGCAUACUUAUGGUCAGAUGAUUCACCUACUAACUAUUUUAAGUGGAAUACACGUGAGCCAAGAGGAUGGUCCAAAUGUGUUGAAAUUGUUCCGUAUCGUUGGGCUGCUGGACGAUGGAACGCGGCCAGUUGUUUUAAAAAGAAUGGAUAUAUAUGUAAAAAGGUUGCCACAAAGACACCGGUGAAUUCAACAAUUACUCCUAAAGAAAAAAAAUGUAAAAUUGGUUACAAAAGUUACGAUGAAUCUUGUUAUAAAUUUGUAAAUGCAAAGAAAACAUUUGACGAUGCGAGAAAAUUCUGUAAAGAGGAGGAGGAGAUCUAAUGAUAAUUAAUGAUCAGUUUAAACAAGCUUAUCUUAUUUACUUGUUGGAAAGAUUUGUUGGUGAUGUCUGGAUUGGUUACAUUCACGAACCUUACUCUGUGUUUAAAUUUGUGGAUAACAGUUUGACAGCUCACACAUACUGGGGUCCAGGUCAACCGAGUCGUCGGCUUGAGCAACGAUCAUGUGUACAGGCAAAUGUUACAAGAUCUGUCGUAGGCUUCUGGGAUGAUGUUGACUGUAGCUCUAGUAAUUCCUUUGUUUGUGAAAUCUACAAUG